AUGCUUCUGUAUGCCGUCACGAGCUGGCAGGCCUGGGUGUUGGCCACUGUAAUGCUCUACGUCGCCUUCCAGCUCCACUUCUUGCCCGAAGGACUGGCCAGAGUUGCGGCUCGCUUGUAUUUCUAUCCGACGUGGCCGCUCACGUACCUUUCGCGACGGAAAAACUACUGGACGUUGGUGGACUCUCACGUCCUUUUGGGGGCCGCUCCGAUGUCGUUCAUGCCUCAUGUAGAUGCUCUGGUGUCUCGUGGAGUCCGUGCGGUGGUCAAUAUGUGCGACGAGUAUGCAGGUCCCGAGAAGCAGUACAAACGCCAACACAUACAACAGCUUCGUCUCCCUACAGUCGACCAUUCUGAGCCUUCGUUAGCAUCUCUGGAAGCUGCUGUAGCCUUCAUCCGCACUCAGAAGCAACGAGGAGUGAGGACCUACGUACACUGCAAAGGAGGAACCGGACGCAGUGCCGCUGUGGCGCUUUGUUGGCUGGUCGCUAAUCGAGGCAUGACACCACGAGAGGCGCAGGACUACCUCAAUGAAAAGCGUCACGUGCGCAAGUCCCUCUAUCUACAGCCGAAUAUCCUAGCGUUUUGUAACAAGAUACAGACGCCCAAGGCAAGUGACAGACAGGAAGAAGCAGACGAGUAA